AUGCAACAGCUUCAGCUUUCCUCUGCUAUCUCCUCGCAGGAUUCACUCCUCACCAUACCCGCUGAGCAACGACACCUCGAGUUUGACAUUGUCAGCGCCACGCUGAAGGGCCUGAUGCCGAAAUGGUGGAUGGAGUGUCCAAUGACUGCUCGUAAUGAAAUACACGUGGGCGGCAGAGGUCCAUAUGUGCUAUCGUUUCGUGGCGUCCCCCUCGAGGGCUUUUUAGCUGCCCAGGAGCCCGCGCCGUGCUGCGGGUUUUGCGCGAACUACGAGAUAGACAUGUACAAGAUCACCGAGACGAUUCGCCCCGUGGCUACAGACGCGAAGGACAUUGCGCCGAACCGGAUGGCAGUGGACAAGGACAUGUGUAUGGACACGCGGGUGACGUCGAUGCUGCUACAUAUGAUGUCGAUGAUGGACUCGGGCGGGGCGCAUGUGGAUGUGGACACGGCGAUCGCGACGAUGCCUCCCCCGUCCGACCUCACCAAGGCACUGCAGGACCUGGUCUUGCGCUGUACCUUGCUCUCGCCCGAGCUCCGCGGGUGCCGCACCCGCGGCCACGGCUUCCACGUCGCCAUCGUGGUGAAGUUGCGGGCGGGCGCGAGGCCUGCCGGCGCCACCGACGACGAGCUGGUGCGCGCUGUGCAGGCUGCGUUCCCGGACUUGGACGAAUUCAGGCGGUACAUGGGCUCGGACGAGCCCCUGUGCAAGAAGACGUUCCAGUUCUCCAUCACGCUGGUCCCUGGCGGCCUGGACGAUGCAGGUAGCACUAGGCCAAUCAAGAUUGGACCGCCGCCCGCUGUGUACUCGGGGGACGGCGCGCCCUGCGCGUUGCGGCAGAGUGGGAAUCGAGGCAGUCCUUGGGUGCCGACUGGGUCGUCGCUUUCGCCAACGAGUACGCGCGGAUGA